AUGAGCGGUGUGGCGCCUGACCUUGCGGCGCAGGCGCAGUGUAGGCGGGAGGCGGCCGCCAAUCUUGGUCAGUGGCGCGAUGUCCUGUUUGCGCUGGCAAAGACGCUGCCCCAGGACAUCGGUACGAGGCCCGUGCGGGAGGUGCUGGAGGAACUCCAGCAGAAGAAAGAUUCCAAGUUUCUAGGUCUCCUGGAGGCUUUAAACGGAGACGAGGUAAAAAAGGCGUGUGACGUGAAUAACGACGAGGCGGUACGGUGGAAGGAGCAUGGAAAUAAAGCAUAUGGUUCAGGGAAAUUUGAAGAAUGUGUGCUCAUGUACACCCGUGGAAUGAUGUAUGCAAGCGAAGACGAAUCUUUGGCGAUGCUCAUCUGCAACCGGGGCGCAGCUUUGAUGGCGCAGGAGCAGUUUGUUGAAGCGUUAGCCGAUGCCCACGCAACCUUCACCCUCACUCCGGACUAUUGGAAGGCUUUACAGCGUCGCGGGGCGUGCUUGAAGAGGUUGGGUUUUGAAGUGGAAGGUGAAAAAGACAUUGACGCAGCCAACAAUGCGGACGUGGGAUCUGCAAACGCAGCGGAGGUGGUGACUAAAAUUCUCCACGCAGGCGACGGCAGUGGCUGCAGCACGGUUUCACCGGGAACAGAUGUCAUACCUUAUUUGGAUGGUAUUUCCUAUGGGGCGGGUGUGAAGGGUGUGGUGGCAAAGAAACGCUUGGAACCUGGAGAGGUUAUUACCGAGACACCAGUUGCGCAUGCACUGUAUGAUGAUCACUGGGGAUUGCGGUGCUGCUACUGCCUACGAAGGACACGUGCCUUGUAUCCGGCAACAGCGUACCGUGCCAAAGGAAAGGUAGCUCGGGGGCUAUUUUGUAGUGAGGUAUGUGGCAAUACCUCCUGGGAGCGUUACGGUCAGUACGAAAGUGGCAAUUCGUUCUUUCAAAUGUGUCCCGUUGAUGCUCUUGUGGCAAGCCGGAUGCUGCGUUGUGAGCAGGCUGGGCCAACUCCCGUGCCGCUUCGUGGUGACUUCACAGGUGAGUUGUACCCCGCUUCUGUCAUAGGUGGUUACGAGACUCUUGUGAGUCUUUGUGCUUUGUUGUUGGGGGCUGUGAGUGCAGAGGAUGCUGAUCGUCUACGGCUUGCUCAACGACAAGUCUUAUUGUCUGGCUUUGAGAUUAGAUUUUUCACGGGUUCGCAAAUUACGAUAAACCCUGAAAAGAUGGAGGCGUUUAUUGACGAAUCUCGCCCCAUAGCAAUUGGGAAGGCAGUGUGCAUGACUGCAGCCCGAUUUCGUCACUCGUGUGUCCCGAACUGCUUUGCAUCAUUUGUCGGGAACCCACUUGAAUGCUCACUGACACUCACAAUUCGUGCCAUAAAGCCAAUCCUACCAGAGGAAGAGCUAAACAUUGCAUAUUACAACAUGACGACGUACAAGGCUGUUAGUGCUCAUACCCGCCGACGUGCCCUUGUUGAGCGUUGCGGUUUUGUGUGCAACUGUCCUGCGUGCCUCGAUAACAAGGAUGAGCGCGUAACGGUCGAUAAGAAGGAGUACUAUAUUCAAUCCAGUGAUUUGUACCAAAAAGGGUGUCGGUUAAUACGAGAGGGGCAGUGCGAUGUUGCUGUCAAUGUAUUGACGCAGAGUUACACUAUUGCUAUGGAGCACCUGUGUCCACCGCCACAACCACCUCAGUCAAUGAUUCCAAAGACCCAUAUGGCCCUUGCCAAGGCAUUCAAUCGUUUGAAGGAAAACACAAAAUGUGUGGAGCACCUAAAGGCAAAGGUGGAGUUGGAUGAACGACUCUAUGGGGAAGACCAUAUUGAGUUUGUGGAUGACUAUAUCCGCCUUGCAUUCUUUGAGUCCACUGAANGGAUGAACGACUCUAUGGGGAAGACCAUAUUGAGUUUGUGGAUGACUAUAUCCGCCUUGCAUUCUUUGAGUCCACUGAAGAGGGAAGAAGAAUGUAUGCAGAGAAAGCGGUGGAGAUGUUGA